CAGUUGUAUUUGAACAAGCGGAGUGAGCACAAUGAAGUGCGCGAAUCUAUUGCUAAGCAUUGCGAGCCUGUGUCUGCUCAGUUUGGAGUUUGGCAUUGCUAGUGCUGAUGAUAACAGCCCCAGCGUAGCGCUCACUAGACGCGCCAUGGCAUUGGGACUGGCGCCGUCGGCAUUGGGUGAACUUUGGCGCACUAAGCAGCCGCUGAUAAUCAGCAAGACCGUUGAUAAUCAGCUAUAUACAACGACAUAUAUGCUUACACCUGAUAAUCAGGAUAUAACUUUCACCACGCUCCAGGAAGCGGCACCAACUGCGCGAUUGGAGACCACACCCACUCCCACUCCAGUCCAAGCAGAUCAGCCUACAAGUCCGCAAACGGAUUGGGAGUACUUGCCUAAUGCUGUCAGCAAUAGACGAACCUUUACCCUAAACCCUCAGCCCUUUGGUGGCAAUUGGCCCAACUUUGGCGUGCCCAGCUCCAACUGGCCGAGCUUUGACUUUCCAGCAGGCGCAACGCCGCAGACCUCCACCAAAACUGAGGUGGACAGUCAGGGCAACACAGUGACCACCACGACUAAGACAUACAAAGGAACUUUGCCCCACAGCUUCGGUGGAUUUAACAACAAUUGGCCCAGCUUUAAUAUCCCUGCAGGUGCAACACCACAGACCUCAACAAAAACCGAGCUUGAUGAUCAGGGAAACAGAGUAACAACGACCAUAAAAACCUACCAAAGUCCAACCAUUACCAACACUUGGCAUACAAAUACUCCAACGCUGCCCACUUGGUUCAACAAUCCUUUCGAUGGACAAACAACAAAAGUUCCCGUUGCUCAACCCAUGCCCACACCUUUACCCUAUCCUCUGCAGCCCACGCGUCCUACUUUGCUAACGGGCGAGGCACCUAUACCAACGCCAGCCUCAAGCGAUGCAGGCUUAUUCACCACCACGCAGCUGCCUUCCUUGGAGGAUUUUCUCAACCAAAGUGGCUCGACGACCCCACUUACGACUGUAGGCAAUGUUCAGCCCAUGAACACCAAAGUAACCAGGUACAGUGGCACCUUCAGCGGCAGCACACCAGCUAGCACCGCGGAGCUGGGCACACCCGUGCAGGAGAUGCUCAGUCGUGCCGGCAUUACCGAUGAGGACUUGCGCAGAGCUCAGGCCACGGGCGGCGUGAUCACGCGUGAGCGUGUGAUGCCCGAUGGACGCAUAGUGAAGACAACUGUACGACUGAAUUCGCAGCCGGGUCACCCAGAGGUAAUGCCCAUGCCAGCGGAGGGAACUAAGACCUAUGGGCCAGGAGGGGAAACGCCAGCUAUGUUUAAUCCAGUCUUUAGCCGUCCCCUGACCCCCACACCAGCCAAUGGCGGAAGGUUGUGGCCAGGCGACAAACCCACAGACAACCAAACUCCCGAGAAUGUGGGAGCUCCAGCUCAGGGCAAUGACAAUAUCAUAGAUAACUUUUUAUCCAAAGUUAAUCUCAGCCCAGCGGACAUUCUGGCACAGAAGGGAGAGGUAGUCAAGACGAUUGUGGACGGAGAGGGGCGCGUAUUGAGCGCUCGGUUUGUGCUCAGCACUAUCAAAGGCGAUGAAGAGAAGCAGCCAGAGCCAACAAAGUAAACAAAACAGUUGUAGCUAAUUUUUAAAACGUAUAAAGAAUAAAUAAAUCGGAAUGCUUAUCAGCAUGGGUUAUGCCCGCUGAUAAGAGCAAGCUUAUAUUAUA